UGUGGUUCGCUACACCGCGUAGCUAACGUACCCUUCAUGUUUAUUUGCUUUCUUUCUUUACGCAUGUAGCUAAUAAUGAUCACGACGUGGCAAUAGUAUGCGGUGUUUUAAUUUUACGGAUGGGAAAAUACAUAUUUUAGUACUCCUAAAAAAGCGCAGUUGAUGAAACCUGCUGGUUCUAUUCUACUCUGAAUUAUUCAUGAUUAUCUGACCAUAUAGGAGCUUUGGGAAGGUAUUUCAGACCUGCUGUUAUCUCACUGACUCGACUCGUCGACAAGCGCAACGCCUUUGCGGAGCUAGUGUAUGUCUUCAUCACUGCUACAUCAUCGUAAGCAUACUGAACGACGGAGAUGUACCUGCGUUAUUAACGUCUCCAGUAAUGAUGGAAACAAACAGAUUUUUUAAAACUUAAGUUUCUUCUAUGCCUUGAACAUCCUUGAGCAUGCGAAACGAUUCCGCGCCUUUAACCAGCUGCGAGGUGGGACGCAGCAUUAGAAUUUCCCUCGCUACAACCUACACCUUGAUGUGCGUUUUCGGGACAGCGCUGAACCUUUUGGUAAUUUAUCUGGUCGUUUCUUUUAAGAAACUAAGGACCGCCAGCAACGCAUUCAUUGUGAACGGUUGCGUUGCUGACCUCUUGGUGUGCACAUUUUGGAUGCCUCACGAGGCGGUGUUCAUCUCCACCGGAACCCCUUUCGGAGAUGGGUACCAUGCUUUUAAAGAAUCUGUCCUUUUUCUUGGAAUCACUGUCUCUCUUUUCUCCCACUCUCUCAUUGCUGUCAACAGGUACGUCUUAAUUACUAAAGUACCUGCAACCUACCUGUCACUCUACCAGAAAAGACACACCGAAUGGAUGAUCACUGCUUCGUGGCUUCUAUCGCUCGCUUGUCUGUUGCCUUGGCUCACGUCGUCUCCGUACCCAAAGGAACGAUGCUCAUAUCUACAGGUUGCAACAUCUUUCUUCACCAGGAAAAAAUCUGUAUUGUCCAACCCUUUUGCAGCUGGUACCUUAGCUUUGACCAUUUUUGCUCAGACUGUGGUUGUCCUAUACUGUUAUUUCAAAAUAUUUCGCAGAGUGCAGAUCAGCGUGAAGAGAGUUAGCAUAUUAAAUUUCCAAAUCGUGAACAAUCUCCCCUACUCCUUCCCUAGGAAGGACAAGCGUUUAGGGUUUUACGUCUUGGCAGUGUGCUGCAUCUUUCUCAUCACCACCGAACCGCUGCUCUGGGUUUUGUUUGUUGGUCUUUUAGUAAAAUUGCCCAUGGCAGUUCGGACAGCUUCGUGGAUGGUUUUCUGUGCCCUCUUCGUUCUCAACCCGUUUCUCUACACUUGGAAGAACGAAGAGUUUAGGAGGUCUUUCAGAUCCGUGGUAAGAGGAGAGUUUUGGAGAGGGUCGACGGUGGGCGUCGAGCCGGUCAUGAUCAACACGAUCUCUCACCUCUUACCGAGACAAAACAGCAGAAGAGCGUUUCUGGGAGAAAUGAGCUGA